UCGCCCACCUUCAAGGAAGUAACAAACCCCAAUAGUAGGCCAGAGUUGAAACGUAAUAUAAUAUCAAUAAAAGCACACGAAGCAGAAGGCACAUCGUCCAGAAGGAAGUCCAACAGAACAGCCAUGAAUCCUGAUAUUAGCCGUGAACGUGAAAAUGCAUCUUUUAACCCGGAGAUCCUUACGAACAUACUGGAUGGUGGUGCAGAAAAGACACGCAGGAGGAGAGAAAUAGAGUCUCUAGUUAUUGGUGAUCCAGACUUCCAGCAUGAAGACCUGAACUUCCUCUCCCGCAGUGAGAGAUAUGAUGCAGCAGUGCGGAAGAGUGCUCAGAUGAUUCUGAAGCUUAGAGAGUAUGGCAUCUCUGAUCCAGAGGAGAUCUACUCCUACAAGAGCUGUGUGCACCGGGGGCGUCCAGAGCCCCUUGACCUGCACUUGGGCAUGUUCCUGCCGACGCUGUUGAACCAAUCCUCACCUGCACAACUGGAAGCUUUCUUCAUGCCGGCAUGGAACUUGGAGAUUAUUGGCACCUACGCGCAGACUGAGAUGGGGCACGGUACACACAUUCGUGGUCUUGAAACCACUGCUACUUAUGACCCUUCCACCCAAGAGUUUGUUUUGAACAGUCCAACAAUCUCCUCUAUUAAAUGGUGGCCAGGUGGAUUGGGUAAAACCUCAAAUCAUGCUAUAGUUCUGGCUCAGCUGUACACUCAGGGCAAGUGUCAUGGCCUGCAUGCCUUUAUCACACCCAUUCGCUGUAUGAAGACACACAUGCCACUGCCAGGUGUAGUGGUCGGUGAUAUUGGCCCCAAAUUUGGUUUUGAUGAGGUAGAUAAUGGCUACUUGAAACUGGAAAAUGUCAGGAUUCCACGUGAGAAUAUGCUGAUGAAGUAUGCCAAGGUUGAGCCAGAUGGUACGUAUGUGAGGCCUCCUAGUGAUAAGCUCACAUAUGGCACCAUGGUGUUUAUUCGCUCCAUGAUAGUGGGGGAGUCAGCACGAGCACUAUCCAAGUCCUGCACCAUCGCCAUUCGUUACAGUGCAGUCCGACACCAGUCUGAAUUACGCCCAGGAGAACCAGAACCACAGAUCCUGGACUAUCAGACCCAGCAGUAUAAACUCUUUCCUCUGCUGGCCGCUGCCUAUGCCUUCCACUUUGUGGGGCAAUACAUGAGUAAAACAUACCAUCGCAUCUCAGGAGACAUUAAUCAGGGUGACUUCAGUGAGAUGCCAGAGCUGCAUGCCCUAUCUGCAGGUCUGAAAGCUUUUACCACCUGGGUGGCAAAUGCAGGAAUUGAGGUUUGUCGCAUGUCAUGUGGUGGUCAUGGUUACUCCCGCUGCAGCAGUUUACCUGACAUCUAUGUCACCUUUACACCAGCCUGCACUUACAAGGGAGAGAAUACGGUUAUGAUGCUGCAGACAGCUAGGUAUUUGAUGAAGAGCUACAAACAAGCACGGGCAGGCCAGCAGUUGACUGGCACCGUUUCAUACCUGAAUGAACCUCAGAGCAGGAUACAGCCCCAUUCUGUGUCCUCACGGCCCACUGUUGUCAAUAUUAAUGACCUGGCCAGCCUUGUGGAGGCAUACAAAUUCAGAGCUGCGAAGCUAGUCGAAAUGGCAGCUAAGAACCUCCAAGCAGAGCUACAGCACAGCAGGAGCAAUGAGGACGCCUGGAACAACAGCUCCAUUGAUCUAGUCAGAGCAUCUGAUGCCCAUUGUCAUUAUGUGGUGGUGGAGCUGUUUUCUGCUAAACUUAGUGAGAUUGGGGAUACAGCUGUUCACUCUGUGCUUUGCAGUUUGGCUCUGCUUUAUGCCCUUCAUGGAGUCACACAGAACUCUGGAGACUUUUUACAGGCUGGUCUGCUAAGUGUUUCUCAGCUGGCUCAGAUUUCACAGAGGCUGAAGGGUCUUCUCUCAGAGCUGAGGCCCAAUGCAGUGGCUCUGGUUGAUGCCUUUGACUACCGUGAUGAGAUGCUUAAUUCUGCUCUGGGGAGAUAUGAUGGCAACGUCUAUGAGCACAUGUUUGAGUGGGCCAAGAAGUCGCCUUUGAACCAUACUCAGGUGCACGAGUCCCACCACAAGUACCUAAAGCCACUACGAUCCAAACUGUAAGAAGUGCCUUUAUGGGAGAAAGGGAAGAGCCUGUCCAAGAAAACUAAUACCACUAGCUCUGCUCUCCACCACCACUGGGUUUUCUGGUCAUCUACUGUAGAAAAGAAAUUUGUCAGUGAAGAGAUUCUAUUUAAUUUUUAAUGGAUAUGGUAUUCGAAUUAUUUAGAGCAGUAAGCCAUGAUUGCCUUCUCUGUGCACUUAAUGAUAAUUUCAAGUUAAACCACUUAAAUUACUUUUUAAUUGUAUAGAUUCUUGUAGUUUAUAAUAUUUUCUAGAGGAAGUAAUGUUACAGUAAACAUACCCAUGAUGCUUCAGAUUCAAAUUCAAAUUAUGAGACCAUAUUUGGAUAAUUUUCUUGGUCACGAACUUAAUGAAAUACUCAAAGUGAAUAUUGCAAUAUACAUACUCUGAAUAAUUUUUGAGUUUGAACUGAUUAUUUACUGAAUAAUGAAUAAUCUGACGGUCAGACAUCUUAGCAUCUCUUAAAAUCAUGCCUUAAGAAUCUCAGUCAGGAAUGUUUUUCUUUUCUUUUUCUUUUUCUUUUCUUUUUUUUUUUUUUGUAGCGACAAUCCAAAUCAAUGUACCGUAUUAGUAUUGUAUGCAAUAUUAGUUUUAUUGCAAUUAUUUACACCAUUUACAUAGUGACAUCAUUUGUUUGCUGAUAAUUUUUGUUUUCCACACUGUUGUUAUUUCAACUCUUUUGCUACAUUAAUAAAGGAAUAAAUCAACAUUUA